AUGGGCGGGGCGGGGCAGCAGGAGGCGCCGCAGCCGUCGUCCCCGACAGGCAGCCUGCACGCCUCCUCCGUGGCACUGGCCUCGACUGCGGCCAGCGUGCUCACGAAGUCCUUCCUCCACCCCCUGGACACCGUAAAAUGUCGGUUGCAGUGCUCGAAUUCCAAAAGCUUGCUGUAUAUCUGGCGUGAGUUCGCCGGCAAGUGGGGCCCCCGCCACGUGUACGGCGGCUUGCCCCUGAAGCUGGUUUUUUACGUGCCGUACCAGGCCAUCUACAUGACCACGUACAACGCGGUGCGCGACACGUUGAGUCCGGCGGGCGUCAGCAACGACCCACGCAGUUCAUUCCUGGCGCAUACCCUCGUUGCCGCGUGCGCCGCCGAGCUGGCGAGCUGCGUCGCGCGUGUCCCUAUGGAGACGGCGAAAAUGCGCAUUCAAGCCACCGUUGUGCCGAAUACCGCGGCCGCAAUACGGCAGAUUUUCCGCCAAGGGCUUUUUGCCUGCUCUCGACUGGUAAGGGCGCAAACACUACUGCAUGACAUUCCUUACAGUGUCAUUCAGUGGGUUUUCUAUGAGAGCUUGCGGCCAUGGGCGAAGCGUUUGCAACCGCAGCAUCAACUUGAGGGUGAGCCUGAGGGGCAGCCGCGUCUUCGUUGGUACGUUCAUCAUUUUUUGCGUACCUUUCUGACAGGUGGCUUUAGUGGCCUUAUGGCAUCUACGUUAACGGUGCCACUGGACACAAUUCGGACCCGUGUGGUGGUGGCCACCGCAGACAACCCAUCUGCGACAAUACGCAGCGUGGUGCGGGACACGUAUCGCCUCGGUGGCGUCGCUUUCUUUUUCCGCGGAGGAUGCACCCGCGUGCUGUGGGUUACAACUAAUAUGGCGGUGUAUUUUCCCCUGUAUGAGACCUUUAAGAUGGAGUUGCUGCGCCGUCAGGAGUCGGCAGCUCGCAAGCCGCUCUGA